AGAACAAACCAGUAGCUAUGGCUAUGGUGAAAGCUUGGAGUUUUGGUUUGGUUCUUUUGUGGUUCAGUACUUUGAGCUACUACUAUCCGGUUAAUGCAGCUGAUGAUAACAAUAGCACUUUAGGAGCUUCUUUCAUCUUCGGUGAUUCCCUCGUCGAUGCGGGUAAUAAUAACUAUUUAUCGACAUUGUCCAGGGCGAAUAUACCACCGAACGGAAUCGAUUUUAAAGCAACAGGAGGAAACCCUACCGGCCGAUACACUAAUGGUAGAACCAUAGGUGACAUUGUAGGAGAAGAAUUGGGAAUACCGAAUUAUGCAGUUCCAUAUCUUGCUCCAAAUUCUACCGGGAAAGCUAUACUUUAUGGUGUAAAUUAUGCAUCAGGAGGAGGGGGGAUUAUGAAUGCAACUGGAAGAAUAUUUGUUAAUAGGCUGGGAUUGGAUAUCCAAAUUGAUUUCUUCAAAAACACAAGGAAACAGUUCGAUACAUUGUUGGGUGCAUCGAAGGCCAAAGAGUACAUUUCGAAAAAAUCGAUUUUUUCGAUCACAAUCGGAGCAAAUGAUUUCCUCAACAACUAUCUUCUCCCGGUUCUCUCCGUUGGAACUCGGAUUUCUCAAUCUCCAGAUGGUUUCAUUGAUGACAUGAUUAGUCACUUGAGGAACCAAUUAACUAGACUUCACCAGCUCGAUGCUAGGAAGUUUGUUGUCGGAAACGUCGGUCCGAUUGGCUGCAUUCCGUAUCAGAAAACCAUCAAUCAAUUGAACGAGAACGAAUGUGUCGAUUUAGCCAACAAGCUGGCAAUACAGUACAAUGGGCGUUUAAAGGAUUUACUUACUGAAAUGAACGGAAAACUCCCCGGUGCCGUUUUUGUUCAUGCUAAUGUGUAUGACCUAGUGAUGGAACUCAUCACAAAUUAUAAGAAUUACGGAUUUACGACGGCAAGCAAAGCAUGUUGCGGUAAUGGAGGCCAAUUCGCAGGGAUAAUCCCGUGCGGACCGACGUCAAGUAUGUGCGAUGAUCGUGACAAGCAUGUGUUCUGGGAUCCUUAUCAUCCCAGUGAGGCUGCCAAUCUUAUAAUUGCUCGACAACUUCUCAAUGGAAACACCAAAGUUAUUUCUCCAGUGAAUCUUAAGCGGCUUCGUAAUCUUUGAUUAAAUUAUCUGGGAUUUUUUAUUUCUUCAUUCCCUUUGUGAUUUAUGCAAGUUUCAUAUACAGUACUUUUCCAU